GCGACGACCCGCUCGAACUCGAUCGCGUUGUCGUCGCAUGCUCGCGGUCCAUUGUCCUUUGACAGAUUCGUUCAGUGAUGACGCGUAGUGCGUUUCGUUUAGACGUGGCCACCGCGACACCUCGUGCGGUGUUUCAUUCAUCGAUUUAGAUCUAGAUCCACCUGGAUCGAUCUCCCAUCGUGACGUCGCGAAACUCGUAAUAAGUCCGAUCCUAACAAAUUUGCAAUUUCCACGUUCUUUGCUCCUUCGACGUUGAUGCUCGCACAAGCUGGGGACGAAGUAUUGGCUAGAACGAUAUAGCGUUAAUCGCCAUUUUAACUGGAGUUUGCUACGUCGACCAUCGAUUUCUUGCUAUCGAUGGGUCAACCUGUUGUGAAGGUGUAUCGGCUAAUGUUUCGGUAGAGGUCGACGAGGUUUCCCGUGGAGCCAAAGUGGUUACGACUCCAAGUGGAAACGCGAAGAUACUCGGUUUCGGCGAUACCAGAGAUAAAAAUUUCGCAACAGCUGGGGGUAGAUUCUCAAACGAUAGUCGUUCGAUUCCCAGGCGCGAAGCGAGGAGGCAAAGAAGGAGGACAAAAGCGUAACGAGACAGGAGCGAAAACGAAAGAAGAGAAGCAGUGCACGGAUUUCCAAGCUGUGCCUCCGGCCAGAUACGACCGCUUGUAUAGAUCUAUAUGCAUAGCAAAGUUGCGGCGAUAGAAGAGCCUCAGCCACAGCGACGAGUAUCUGGGUCAUACACCCGUCCUUUCUGGCUGUUACCGCUGUCGUAGCUCGUUUUCCAUAAUUUCACGAGAUUCGCUUGUCGCAGCAGAAAUGGGGGUAGGAUCGGCCAGCGACCGUGGGAACGGAUAUAUCCGUCGUUGAAAAGCCAGGGAACCGGGAGAACCCGAUAAAGCAAUUUUGUAGGUAGUGUACUGUAUACCAAGCCGCAAUACGCGAUUACGAGCAACGAGAGAACAGCUGUUAGCGUCUGUUCGCUUUCCUAGCGAUGAGAACGUCGGUCUGACGUCUCAUAGGAACGCAAAGUGGUGUAUUCGGAGCUGGGAUACGCGCGAAGACAGCUGUAAGAACGACGAGCAGCUUAACGAGAGAACUUGGUUUCCAAGGGUGAGUGCGGUUUCUCGACGUUGAAAAUUCACAGUCCGACCGCACGCGAGCUCGUUUGGACUUUUUUUGUCAGCGGCGCCAUCCCCCGGAACACGCGUAUCGGUUGGUCUGGUGGAAAUCGGCACCCUAAAUUGUUUGCGUACGUCGCGUCGGCGACUCGAUACCCGCGACCGUAACGAGCUGUUACGUCGUUACACGGCGAAACAGAGAGGCCACCGUGGAAAAAAAGGCAGCUCGACACCGGCAGCGGCGCUGCCACCUCCCGCGGGGACAAUCCCAGCCGAACGACCGCCGCGCGAGAACUAUUAUCCAUGGAAGAGCAAUCAGCCAGCGCCAGAGCCCGUUUCUCUUUGGAGCGGACACGUAGGACGUGCCCGACACGGUAAAUAAUGAACCCCCGCAGUCAUUUAUCAAGCUCACCGCGCCGGGCCAACCGAAUGUUCAAAGUAGUCGAGCUCUAAAGUAAAUGGAAGAGUGCAACGCGAACCGAGUACAUCUGGGAGCUGGAGACAUGAUUCGCGGAUUACGAAGGAUGUAGCGCGCGGGAAAAUACGGUCCGAGUCGUUUCACAGCUUCGUCUCAAGCCUUUGAAGACUGAUCAAUUGCGACGCCUUCCAAAGAUCAACUCCUCGGCGUGCUGCUAGAAUAAAUCUCUUGGGUGCGCUAUCGCGAUCAAACGGUUCCGUAAACGUGCAAGAGUAGCCCCAGGAGUCGACGCUUUCGCGCAAAGUCACGGAAAGGGAACCAAGAGGAUAACUUGGCGCGAUCGCGACGAGAAGACUCGAGUUACGGUCUGGUGUAUACUCUUCUGCCAUAAAAACGGUCGAUGUCGUCGCGGUGGCGGUCGUUGAGAUGCGAUCAGCGAUCGAAUCGCGCGACGGUCAGCAACCCAGCGGCAGUUUCGCGAGGAUUUAUCAGCGCGGUAGAUAGCGGACGUGCGAGAGCUAGCGUGGCUCCAUGAGAGUGAUUCUGACGGACGAUCGCGACAGAACGUUUGAUCCUUAUCGCGCUGGUGUGCAUCGCGCGUUUGUUGGGGAACCAUGAGACGACGGAACAAUGGCUCGAGCGGCGGCUACGCGGGCUGUUGCUGCCACGCGACCAAAAGAACAGGUCGCAACGGAUGCAACGGAACCUCGAUGAACGAACCACCCGGAUGGUGCAUUUACGCGACGGUCGCGCUGGUCGCCGUUGGGUGCUAUCUGAACGCGUUAGGUGGUGAUUUCGUGCACGACGACAUACCCGCGGUCGCGAGGAACAAGGACGUGCUCGCCCAGACAUCGUGGACCAGUGUUUUGAAGGACGACUUUUGGGGGACUCCCAUGCACGACGUCAACAGCCACAAGAGCUACAGACCGUUGACCACGCUCACGUUUCGGUUGAACUACCUGAUGUCAGGAUUAACGCCAAGCUGGUAUCACGCGACGAAUAUUGCCUUGCACGCCAUUGCAUGCGUUUUGGUCACAAGGGUGAGCCUAGUCGUGGCAUCGCUGCGUCCUGGAUUUGCAGCCCUGACAGGGUUGCUGUUUGCUGCUCAUCCCGUACACACGGAAGCGGUGACUGGUAUCGUCGGACGAGCGGACGUGCUGGCUUGUAUUUUCUUCCUGCUGUCGUUUCUAGCUUAUCACGGGCAGCAGACGGCUUACGUGUGGAGCAGUGUGUGCCUCGGGGCGCUGUCGAUGUUAGCCAAGGAAACCGGCAUUACUGUUUUGCCUCUAAACCUUCUUUACGACCUCUGUCGCUCCUGGCAUUCAAUCAAGAGAUCUAUUUUCGAGGCAAGAUGGAACGACGAUUCGAGACACUUUUCUCGACGUGCUGCGGCUCUACUCGUUUCGUUCGGUGUGCUGUUGGUUGUACGACUCGCUCUCCUUCACGGCGCUUUACCCAAGUUCUCACCGCAGGAUAAUCCGGCAGCUUUUCAUCCCUGUUUCCACGUCAGAUUAUUGACGUUCUGCUAUCUGGCGGCAUUGAAUUGUUGGUUGCUGCUCUGUCCAGCGACGCUUUCGCACGACUGGCAGAUGGGAUCCGUUCCUUUGGUCGCUUCGUUGGCCGACACUAGAAACCUGGCGACCUGCCUGUUUUUCGGCGGCUGUCUCAUUCUUACGUACAAAGCCUUCACAGAUUUCGAGCAACAGAGGCACCCACCUCUUCUUCUUGGUUGGAUGUUCCUGGUACUGCCGUUCCUGCCCGCAUCCAAUCUUUUUAUUACCGUUGGAUUCGUCGUCGCGGAACGAGUACUGUACAUACCGAGCGUUGGUUGGAUCCUAUUGGUCGUAUACGGAAUGCAAAUCUGCUGGACGGCGAUACCGCGGAGAAGAAGCUUGAUAACAGCGGGAAUAGCGCUUCUCCUGAUUUUAGGGUGUUACAAAACGGUCCUACGAAACAGGGAUUGGACGUCCAGGGAAACUCUACUCAGAGCGGGCUUGCGGUCUCUGCCUCACAACGCCAAGAUGCACUACAACUUCGCCAACUUCCUCAGAGACAUGUCGCAGCCGAACCGUGCGAUUCUGCAUUACCAACUGGCCCUUUGGCUGUGGCCGGCGUACGCCAGUGCCCAUAAUAACCUCGGUACACUCACUGUGGGCGAUCAAGCGGAGCAACAUUUUUUGGCAGCGAUAAACGCUCAGCCGGGACACGUGAACGCUCACUAUAAUCUUGGUCAACUUUACAGAAAAACGAACAGAACAGAGGAGUGCAUACGAAUGUUGCAAAAAUGCGUGUCCCUCGACCCAGCGUACACCCCAGCGUACUUAGUUUUGGCAAGAUUAGCAACGGGUCCAGCGGCGGGGGUACUUCUCAGACACGUCGUUCGAUUGCAACCUCGAAGUCCCGACCAUCUCGCCGAAUAUGCUUCUUGGUUGUACCAAAACGGCAAAUGGCUACCCUCUCUCAAGUACUAUCUCAAAGCCAUGGAAGUCUCGCCCUCGCAUAGAUCGUCAUUAUUGGGCACAGUCAGGAUCCUAAGGUCGCGGGGUCAAUUGCCGAGGGUACACCAACUCAUUACCAGGUGGCACUUGAUGUUACGAGCGAAACGGGGUGGUCUCAUAUAUCGCGGCGAUCUUUACAUACGCGCGUGGCAGCUACAAAGCGAGUCUCGUCAACGAGCCCACCAACAUCAGGGGAAUCUCUGCCUAUCGGAGGGCGGUUGUUUGACACCGCGUGUCGCCAGCGUGUCGGUGCAGCUCGAGCAGGACAGCAACAAGUCGGAACAGCUGGAGCGGUCGCCGCGCUGUAACGUACGUACCUGUAGACAGCCGCGAAAGGGAAAAGCGCGCGUGACAGCGCCGGCUCUCCUCGUCCAGAACUUCCUGGAAACCCUUUAGCUCCCGCGAACCUUCGAGUAACUCGCCCGUUCUCGCUUCAUCUCUCAACGAGAACAUGAACCACGCGAGACACGCGACGAUAGAGCGAGGCUUCAAGCGUCCAAGUCUCGAAGCUCUCGUAGAGAUCGAUUUGCGUGCCGGAGGCCUCAGACCUUGGCUGAUCUCGUAACACGAAUCCAGGGAAGCUAUAGAAAGAACGGGUGUCUGGGUCGCGUCACCGGUUCCUCGUGUGAUAUAGGUAUACCUGUUUAGUGUUUUCGAACGAUGAAAAGCGAGAGAGAAGAGGGAAGGAAUGCGACCGAGCCGGAUUUCGACUCCUCCUUUCAGCCUUCCGUAUGGACGUCUGGUUUGGAAUGCUCGGUCGCCGCGAAUUGGUAAGCUGUUAACAUUCAAAAUUGUCAAAGGUGUAACACGGUCGGCUGGCCCUAUCGGAGGGUUAAGGCUUGAUAGCGGGUGCUGGGAUGCUGGGUGGAUCCACGGGACGUCCACUCGAACAGUCGCGUUCCCGUCGAGGAGGACCAAGCGAGGCUGUACUUUGAUCGGUUUUCGGUGUAACCCAAACGGGAGUGGGACACAACUAAACGCAAAUUUGAAACGAAAAUUGAACUAGGUUUUUAGAAAUGUAAACGUCUUACGAGUCACGUGAAUAAUCUCCAGACAGACGUCUCACUGCUGUAAUAUGCCUAAUAUGUAUUACGCGAAGAAACUCCAAUGACCGACAAAUUUGUUGCAAUCUUUAAACGUUGUUCGAAAAUUGAAUUCGAAAGGUAUCGUACUCUGUUAGAAAUAGAUACAUGUCAUUACCAUUCGUAACCGAAAAAGUACGAACGUU